AUGGCAGAAGUGCGGAAUCGCAAGAAAAAUAGCCUGUCGGAUUCUAGUGAUUCCGAUGGAGAAUUCCAAGAAAUCAUCAAAGACAUCGAACAGGAUCACUGGAAAGACGGUGUGGCCGAUGAGACGAGAUGGGCGAAAACCAAAAGCGCUGUACACGAGUGGGGCCUGUCGUGUUCGUGGCAUGGAGUCCCUCACAUGGCUCAAUCUCUUUCAUGGCCCACAAUCCUUCUCUGGUCCGUUAUCCUCGUCAUCAGUGCCGUUCUAUUCGUCUAUCUCAUCACCAUCACUGUCCGCCAAUAUUUUUCAUUUCAAGUGUUGAUUGAUUUGAAUAUUGGAAUGGACGAAUCAUCGUUCCCCUCGAUAACCUUCUGCAAUUCGAAUCCCUAUAAAUUGAGCGCAGUUCAGGCGAUUCCUGAGUUGGAAGCUCUUUUGACUGUCUAUGAGCAGUCCCUUCAGUAG